UCUUGCUCUGGCGUCGAUUCGGAAGGGUCAGGGAGCGGCCGAGGGAACGGGGUUGACACCGCCGUCCUGGCCGGCGCGUCCAGCACUCCCCUUGCAGCGCAGGCCCCAGCCGCUCUCGGGCGCGGCGUGGAGGAGGCGGCCCUGCAGGUGCAUUCCCGGGGUGCCGACGCAUGCGGGGCUUCCUGUGAGCUGAGGUCCCCCCGCAAGUCUUCAGGCCUUUGUAAGUUGUCAAAUUUCCCACCGGCCCAGCUCAUCGAGCCUCUUCCCAGCUGUGAACAGGAGAGCCUGUUACCUAAUUCUUGCCGAAAUUGUUCUGACUGCUGGUGUUCUGCAAGGUGGAGCCAGGAGGAGAGCCCCCAGGGGCCAAGGAGAGCAGUACCCUGAUGGAGGCCCUUGCAGUUGUGAAGGCUGCUUUCCUGGCGCAGGCCCCAAGUGGCAGCGGAUCAGCCGAGGUGCAGGCAGCUCAGAGUACGGAGCCUGCACCACAGCCAGGCGCUCCCGAAGGAGAGGGCCACAGAGGGGGGCCUCCCCAGGCGCUGGGGUCUCUUGGCCUUUGUGAAAACGAGGAAGCCAGAGAGAGGCCCAGAGGUUCCCCUCGAGGUCCGGUCAUUUCUGAGAAAACUGGAGAACAGAGUGGCCGCGAGUCAGACGUCCCUCCAAACUUAGGCCCGGGAGCAGAGGGUAGGGGCGGCUGGAAGGGGCGGCCUUUCCCGUGCAGCGCCUGUGGCCGCAGCUUCAAGUGCUCCUCGGACGCGGCGAAGCACCGGAGCAUCCACUCCGGGGAGAAGCCGUACGAGUGCAGCGACUGCGGGAAGGCCUUCAUCCACAGCUCGCACGUGGUCCGACACCAGCGGGCGCACAGCGGGGACAGGCCCUACGCGUGCGCCGAGUGCGGCAAGGCCUUCAGCCAGAGCUUCAACCUCCUGCGGCACCAGCGCGUGCACACGGGCGAGAAGCCCUACGCGUGCGCCGACUGUGGCAAGGCUUUCGGCCAGAGGUCGGACGCCGCCAAGCACCGCCGCACCCACACCGGGGAGAGGCUGUACGCGUGCGGCGAGUGCGGGAAGCGCUUCCUGCACAGCUCGAACGUGGUCCGGCACCGGCGGACCCACCACGGGGAGAACCCGUACGAGUGCCGGGAGUGCGGCCAGGCCUUCAGCCAGAGCUCCAACCUCCUCCAGCACCAGCGCGUGCACACGGGGGAGCGGCCCUUCGCCUGCCAGGACUGCGGCCGCGCCUUCAGCCGCAGCUCCUUCCUGCGCGAGCACCGCCGCAUCCACACCGGGGAGAAGCCCCACGAGUGCGGCCACUGCGGGCGCGCGUUCCGGGCGCUGUCGGGCUUCUUCCGGCACCAGCGGCUCCACACGGGCGAGAAGCCGUUCCGCUGCACCGAGUGUGGCCGGGCCUUUCGCCUGAGCUUCCACCUCAUCCAGCACCAACGGGUGCACGGCGCCGAGUGAGCCGGGGCUGCCGCUGAAGAGAUGCUGCGGCCGGGCGGGCGUAAGGCCGAGGCCGGGUAAGUCCUGUCCGCACCAUGCGCGGUGAGGAAGUAACAACCGGCUACUCGCCUGGUUCUCGGGCUGCAAAAGCCUCGCCCAGCCUGCAUCUGCCUUGGCUUGGGAGCAGUCAGGAGAGACAGGGCUCGGAAACGGUGAGCGCUGCCCAUGGGAGGCGAUUCCCAGAGGCGGGGAGGUCUCGGGUCUGUCCCGACGGCCGCCCGCUGCUGAGACGCCUCCCCUCCCACGGUCAGCGGCAGCGAAGGUCUCAUCUCCUGCUGGGGUGUGGUGGCCGGUGAUUGAAUGGGUCAUUCCAACGCAGCCAGGCCUCCAUCAAAACCCUGCAUGAGACGAGGGCUGAGGGUCUCGAGCUUCAGGUUGGUGAAGGCGGGGUGGGGGGGCAGUUAGGAAGGGGGGCCUCGCGCCCUGCCCCCGUACCUCGCCGGCGAGCAGUUCAUCCAUGUCUUUCAACGCCUUUUCACAGCUGGUUGCUAUGGUCCCGAGUUCUGUGUGCUAUAAAAUUAUGGAACUUGGCCGGGCGCGGUGGCUCCUGCUUGUAAUCCCAGCACUUGGGGAGGCCAAGGCGGGCGGAUCACGCAGUCAAGAGAUCGAGACCAUCCUGACCAACAUGGUGA